CCUCAGUGCUACAUGAUGGAUUAACUUCAUGAACGGUUUCUUAACUUUCUUUGCCCUUGGCCACAGCAAGAAUUAAGAUAUAUUUCAUUUUCAUUUCUGCUUUUUGAAGAAUACAAUGGCGUCUGUGAAAGUAGCUGUAAGAGUAAGGCCGUUUAAUCAAAGGUAAAGUUUUUUUUCUCGUUGACAUUUUUGUCGAAGUGAUGGUAGCGUUAUGUAUUUUGAUCUUACGUUACGGUCUUUUAACACAGGGAAAUAGACAUGGGUGCCCAAGGGAUUAUCGAAAUGGAAGGAAAGAAAACACGCAUUGUCAACAUCAAGGUAAUACAGCGAUGUAGAUUGUUACAUGAGUGUAUGUGGUUCAUUGUCUUUCCACGACCAUGUUGUAAUUUUUAUCAUGUAGGGCGAACUCGUGUAAACACCUUCUUCUAUAAGCUUACUUAAUUGCCUGCUAAUUUUCCUCAGCUUUUAGCUAUCUUGAGACAUAUUUUGAUUUGCAGGCAAGUACGGUAACUGGCGAGGGAGAGAGACGCAGCCGUGUUAAGGAUUUCACUUUUGAUCAUUCGUACUGGUCGUUAGAAAAGAAGAACCCUCAUUAUGCAUCACAAGAGCGGGUAAGGUACAUUCGAUCGAACUCAUGAUCGCAUGACUGGUCGUUUAUAAAACGAUAUACGCUAACGUACUCGAAAAUUUUGCUAAGAUUUAUCAGCUAAUCGCAGUGCCAACUUCCUAGUCAUCAGUAAAUAAAAACAAAGCUAAGAAGCAAGUAAACUAUGUCACAUCUGGAUGGACCAGUUAACAAUCUUUUCGAAAUUAUUUGACUUUCGUGAGAACCAUGUGUGUGGUAAAAAUUUGUGGCCUCUUGCCAAACUUAAUCUUCUCAAGCUCAAAAUAUUCUACUGCAUUUAUGGAAUAAAAUUUGAGGAUUUGAUGCUGCCCUUUUAUUUUCAGUUUGAAAUAACUUUUGAUGGGGCAAGGUCAUUUGCAAUGCAAAACAAAUUUAUUGGUGAUCACGAGCCGUAACGACUGAGUAACCUUUGUCCAAUAAUUUUCAAUGGCAAUGAAAACAAUAUGAAAACUCUGGAAUAAUAGCAUCACAAUGAAGGGUUUUGCCUCUUUUUGUUUCCUUUGAUUACAUUGCACAUAAUCUAUUCAAAACAAAAUUUAAUAUCUUCCCAACAAAAAUCUACAUCUGGAGUACAUCAUAGAAUGAAGUAAAUAAUGUAUAGCACAUUGUCACUUGAUUAAAAUUUAAGCAGCUGUUUAUAGCUUGUGAAGCUUCAUUCAAUUUCGGUCUAAUCAUAUAAAUCGCCAUUACGUUAGUAGUUUUUAUUUUAAGAAUAAUAUUUCUUUUUAGUAAAUUUUUGUCAAUUUUUGCGAUAAUGAUGAUUAAUUUGUAAGUUUAAGACAAGGGUAAAAUCUAACUCAAACAAAGGUUGAUCUCUUGAAUAAAACAUCUUUUAUUGAUUUGUGAAUGUUAUAAAUAAUAAAUAGAGUUUAUGCCUUAACAUGCAUGUAUAAAUAGGCACAAACAUAUCAGCGUGCAAAGAAAGUCCUGUCCGAUAGCCCGGGGCUAGUGGAUUCUGCUGUUGGGCUAGUGAAUUUUGUUCUUAACUUGCCCGAUGGGCAAGUGACUUUUUUGGGGAAAUUCAAAUUACAGAAGGAUUGUAAUCAAUCCUGCUAAUCAAAAAGGCUUUUGGGGCUAGUGGAAAUGACUUGUGGGCUAGUACAUGCUAGCUACAGCUUGCCCGAAUGGCAGGCUGUAAGACUGACCUUCUUUGCACCCUACAUAUGCAGACAGUUUGAAUGUUAGCCAGGGAUAUUUCCUUAGCAUUUUCUGGAACAAUUCUGUAUAUUAAUAUCGCUGACUGUUCUUCCACAUUUGUAUUGUCAGUUCUAUCAGUUAUAUUGUACUGAUGGUGUUGACUGCAAAGAGUUUUAAUGAGAGUGCAAGUCAAUUUUCUUGAGGGGAGGUGACAGUAGAGUACAUAGGAUAUUGAGAGGGGAGGGAGGGGUUAGCCUGAGAUGUUUCCUAAGCAUCUAAUUCAUUGAACUAUCAAUAAUACCUUGAUUGGGACAUUUUGAUUCUCAUUCUUUGUUCAUGCUGGAAACUGUUCCGCGUGGAGUGAGCAGUCCUUUGUGGUACUGAUUAGCUGCCAAGGGUGCAAGAUAUCUUUGCCAGUAAUACAGUGUAGAUCAAUUAUUAUUCUUCAACACACAGUGACCGAAAACAGCUAGCCAAUGAAAUUAGCCUGAAAUUUUGUGAAAUCUGUUUUCUUUGAAUUAGGCCCCGUCCACACGAAGACGAUUGUAAACGCAAACGCUAGUAAAUGCAUAUUUUUAUCUCUGUCCACACGAAAACGAUCAUCGUUUACGUAGCGUUUUAACCCGUCCACAUGAAAACGCUCGUAAACGCAUAAAACGAUGUCAUACACCGAAAGUUCUCUUUCCACUCUUCUGGUAUCACCACUUGAUCGGCAAAGUUGUUCCCCCAGGCGCUUGUACGACCUGGUCUGGUCCAGAAUCUUCUCUCUUUGCUGUCACGUCUGCAUCUAAGUCGUUUUACUCGAGUAAAAGUGCUUGUAGUUGUGGACAACAAUCUUGAGAGGUUUAGUCUUCUUCUUUUGUAGUUUUCCUGUAUAUCGAUUAUUGCAUGAUUCAAUUGAAUGCUCGCAAUUAUGCUUGAAAUAAGCGCAAGCAUGACACAGCUCAACACUCGUGUGUACGCCAUCUUGGAAACGCACUCGAUAAAAGAGACUGGCGCUGACAUCUGACGUCAGCGUUUUCACAUCGUUUACGAAAAUAUACGUUUACGGCCGUCCACACGAAGACGCAUAAACGGCGUUUUCAAAUUUAUCCACUUUGGAGAGCGUUUUCGAAUUUAUGCGUUUACGGUGAGCGUUUUCAUCGUCUUCGUGUGGACGGAAGGCCUAAACGCAUAAAAAAGUUUGCGUUUACUAGCGUUUGCGUUUACAAUCGUCUUCGUGUGGACGGGGCCUUAGUGGCCAUUACCCAUCUCUAAUACCAGUACAUUUUUACAUGGUAUGUAUGAAUGUAAUAUUUUUAUUAUUUUUAUUUUUAUAAGGUUUUUAAAGAUCUUGGUACUGAUGUCCUUAAGGCUGCAUUUGAGGGUUACAAUGCCUGCAUCUUUGCUUAUGGUCAAACCGGUUCAGGGAAAACCUACAGUAUGAUGGGUUCUACUGAUAACCAAGGUCUCAUUCCACGUAUCUGUGAAGGAUUGUUUUCCGGAAUGCGCAACAGUGCUGAUAAUGGCCCCUCAUACAGAACUGAAGUCAGCUUUCUAGAGAUAUACAAUGAGCGUGUUAGGGAUCUUCUGAGACCACCUGUAAAAGGACGCCCAGUUCACUCACUGCGAGUCCGAGAGCAUCCCAAGGAAGGUCCCUAUGUGCAAGGUGAGACAAAUGGUAGCCAAGCAGCUACUGUUUGGCUUGUAGGUUUUGUGCUUAUACUAGCCAUUUUGGCUUGUGAAAAAUCUAAACACAGUAGAACUAAUGGAAACCACAUUCAAAUGGGUUUCAUAUUUUUUCUUUUGUUGUAUUCGUCGUGGAAUAUUUGUGUAAGUUCAGUCACUUGCUGCCGUUUGUGAGCAGAGUUCAGUGGUUCAAUUUCAUAUUUACUUUAAAUUUUAUUUUUAUCAACAUCUGUGUGAUAAUGAGUUUAAAACAAAUUACACCAACACAGGACGACGUGAGUGUUGCUUAUAUUCUUCACUUUCCCGGCCUGUGGAAACAUGGUUAUCUAGUUUUCCAUGUAUGCGACACAGUUCCACCGUGUUUCCACACCAGAAACCAACGAUCAUGUUUCCAUCACAUUCUUGUGAUUACAUUUCCAUUCUUUCUUGUUUCCUUUACAUUUCCAGUGAUGUACAUUUAAUUGCUUUUUUUAACCCAAGAUCAUAUGAUCAAUAUUUCAGAAAUUUUGUCUUUGUGAAUAAUCAAGGUGUAUAAUGGUAAAUUUACUCUCGAGAUUGGUCUAUUAAAUGGUUGUGUACCUACGUGUACCUAAUCAACCAUCAAAAUCUUAUCUCUAAUUUCUUUUCCUUUUUACACUGUUUAAUUUGCUGUGGAUGUUUGGUGAUUAAUUGCAACAUUUUUUCUUUUGAAGAUCUUACCCGACAUCUUGUUUGUGACUAUGCAGCAAUAGAACAUCUGAUGCAACAAGGAAACACACACAGGUAUUUUGUUUGGGAAGUACUGUCUAAGCUAUCAAAUAGCUGAUCAGUCUGCAUUUUGCACCCCUCUAUAGAAAAGGAAUCUGCAAAUGCUCCUUUAUAUAACUCCUGGGUGCUAAAAGAGUUUAGAAAAUAGGAUCUCUAGAAGUCAGGAAUGGGGGCUUUUCCACACAUUCUGAAGUUCACAAGUACAAUUUUACAUGUCACUGUUUUAUUCAUAGUUAAAAUAAGCUCCACAAAGUUGCCUCAGGAUCUAUCAUAAACAACAUGAUUAUAGUUUGCCAUACACGUUCAAAAAAUAUCACUUUAAUUUUAAUUAGCAUUCUUCAAAAUAUUUACAAUAUUUUUAUUCUUUGUGCAUUGUGAGUGUAGAAAUGGACUGAAUUUUUUACAGUCUCUGGAUAAUUAAUUUAUUAUAAACUUACUGUAGAUUUUAUUACUUAAUUAAUUAUUUUAAUUUAUUUUAGAUAAAUUACUAUUAUUAUAAAUUACUGUGAUUGAUUACAGGGUAACAGCCAGCACUGGUAUGAAUGACACCAGCAGUAGAUCACAUGCAAUAUUCACAAUCAACUUUACUCAGGUUUGUAUGGUUAUAACCUCUUACUUUUAUUACAAUGAUUAUUGAUAAUAAUGACAUCGAAGAAAAGCCAAGCAGAGCCAGGCAAGUCCAGGAAGGUUAUUUCACUCAGCUCUACUUUUCACAUGAUAAAGAUUGAAUUUGGGAAGACAAAAGUAAAGAUGAUUAUAAAUUAAGUUGAGAAUAAAAAUUGCAGGAUCUGUAGGGAGCAAGUUGGGAUCAUUCAAAAAGCAAAAGCUAUUCUAGUGGAUGACCACAAAUAAUGGUAGAAAUUAUUGUACUUAUUACUCACAGAAUUAAAAAUUGCUUUUUUUUCAAAAGUAUUUAAAAAUAAAAUAAACUUUAAUUUAAAAAAUAUUUAAUCAACGUAACAUAGAGUUCUUUAAAUAAAUAGAGCGAGUUUUUAAAGUUAGUUUGUUAAAUCUGUUGGUAGGGAAUUCCAGAGGCGCGGACCAGUGAAUUCAGCUGUGAAAGCAUAUUAUUAAGUUUGUUACCUGUCGAUGCUUUAAACUGUACACAGUAAUUUAUGUUUAUCCUUUUUUUUGUACAGGCGAAAUUUGAUCAUGAUAUGCCUUGUGAAACAGUCAGCAAAAUAAACUUAGUGGAUUUGGCUGGAAGGUAUAUGGUAACUUUUUAAUUGUUGCAUUAUAGAUUAAAGAAGCUUUAACUGUAAAGUAUCUAGCCACAGACAGAUUGACUGAUUGAUUUUUUCAUUCAUUUUGUAGUGAAAGAGCGGAUGCCACCGGUGCCACAGGUGAAAGACUGAAGGAAGGAGCUAAUAUUAACAAGUCUCUUGUCACCCUGGGAACUGUGAUUUCUGCACUAGGUAAGUGAAUUGACUGAAGGUCUUUGUACUGAGUAGUCAAGUGCUGACAAAGCUCAAAGUUAGGGCCCAUGGCACAUUUUUAUUAUACUCACAGAGGGGUUACCUUUUGCCCAUUUACAUGUAUACAAAACGUACUCUUACUAGCGACGAGUAUGAUAAUACAUCAUUAUUGACCAAGCGUGAGGUCAAGAUGGCUUGAUAUUGGCGAAGUUCUUUUUUGUGAGUUUUUGUUGGCUAAGAAAAAGUUCAGGUCAAUAAAAAUGCGGAAAAAGAACUACACAGGGAAAUAUUCUACCACCUUGCAUGAACAAGCUUAGUCAAUAAAGUAUUUAUUAACGUUUUGUCAUUAUGUCCAAAAAUCUUUUUCAUGUGGUACAAAAGGGACAAUACCAAGAGGGUAAGAAAGGCCCAUCCUGUCCACUCAGCUAGCCAAUCAGAACACAGGAAUUGCUUUAUCUUUCUUGUUUGUCGAGCCAAACAUAAAAGACAGUCUUUUCCACUCUCAGUCUGUGCGUAGGUGUUGGAUGCUACAUUGGACACACAAAGAUGGCAGAUUCCAACCUUACAGACAGUGUAACUUAUUCCUCUCCGUCAGUUGUAAUUCAUCACAUUUAAAUGCAACAAAAAGUUGCAAAUUGCUUUGACUGUUAUUGAAGGAUCCACUAAUAAAAUUAUGUAAAAUGUAGCUGUUUAUGGGAGGACAAAGUAUCAUCAAUCAUGCAGCUCUUAAUCUUUGGUUGAAAUUUCAUUAGUCUGUAUAAUAUUCUCUUCAGCUGAUGCAGCAACAGGCCAUCACAGCUCUGCGCAUCACCACAAGUUUAUCCCUUACAGAGACUCUGUGCUGACAUGGCUUCUAAAAGACAGUCUUGGAGGAAACUCAAAGACAAUCAUGAUUGCCAGUAAGCUCUCAUAAACACCUUCAAAAUCCUUCAAAGUCCUUGUUGACAAUAAUUGAAAUUCCAAGGCAUGAAUUGCAGAGUUAGGGUUUGUGGUGUGGGAGAGGUGAAGAUUGGCACAGGGAGGAGGGGUGGAACUCUAAGCUGUGUUCCAUUACAAACUAUACUGUAUUACUCAACUUUAGAUCUAUUCUUGGUUUAGAUCUUAUUCUCACAAAGGCAUCUUUAUCUUUGACCUCUCUCACAUUGUACUUCCUCCUAUCAGAAGAAUUUUUCUGAUAGAAGCACUCCCACCCCAUCUUCCCCAUAGAUCAAAGGCAUAUGAGUAAGAGAGCUUUCUGAUUAGUGUAUCAUAACCAUAUUAAAUAAUUUUACCUUUUAGCAUUAAGUCUUUAUAGCAUCCUUGGAAUUUACAAUGUAUUCCUUCCAAUGAUAUUAAUUUGAUUUCCUUUUGUAUUAAUAAUUAAAAGUAGGAUGAUUUGUUAAUGUUUUUCUUCGUACAGAUGUAAAACACAGAGCUGACAGAACUGCUUUGUUGAAUCUCUCAAAAAUUGUGAGGUUUUAGACACUCAAACGUCAGUUACUGACACUUUGUUAGAGUACAGUAAGAUGUUCAGAACUGACAGAACUGCUUUGUUGAAUCUCUCAAAAAUUGUUAGGUUUUGGACACUAAAACCUCAGUCACUGACACUUUGUUAGAGUACAGUAAGAUGUUCAUCUUUAAAUAUUUAUUGGAGUUAAUUUCUUUUUUUAUUCUUCCUGUAGAGAAUGGAUUCUUCUCUUAGUUAUGUUUUCCAAAACAAACAGAGAGUAUAGGUAUCAAAUGGAUUUUACCCUUAGCUUUUAUACAUGUUUGGCAAAUUUUAAAAUAUUCCUUAUGCAGCAAAUUUGCAAGCAAAUUUAUUAGUGAUAUACUCCAUAUUAGUGAAAUAAUUUUAACUCUUAGACCAAUAUCUAAAAUAUAGGUACAGUACAGAGCUUAUAUUAUUAAUAAAAUCGUUGCCUUCAUUUUCCUCCCAGCCAUCUCUCCAGCAGAUGUAAACUAUGCAGAAACUCUCAGUACUCUACGUUACGCUAACAGAGCAAAGAACAUAAUCAACAAACCAACUGUCAAUGAGGUAAUGCAUUAAUGUCAAUUAAGUUUACACUGUAUCUUACUCUAGAUGAUGUUACAGUGGAAACUUUUACCAACAGCCUGCGCUCUCAUUGGUUACUUCGAGUUUACAUGGCAUCUAACAAUGAAACUGUUUUCCACCAAAAUCCCAGAGCGGACGACAUUGCAAAAAUCUAUGACAUCAGAGGGUAAUAUUAUGCACAGUUUCACCUUGGGAAACAUUGAGAUUCUUGGGAAACUAAGUCAAUGAAUGAACGCAAUUUUAAAACAAAGUAAUGAGUAACACAAUUUUAUCUUCAGAGACAUUCCGACGACAGAAUACCACACUGGCACACAGAAUUUUACUGUGAUGACUCUCGAAAAAUAUGAACAAAAAGAAACAGAGAUCACUACCUUUCGAAAGGCAUUAUGCUACCUUUAGUUAAAACAGAGGACAUACUACGCUAAUGUAAAAGAAAACUUCAGUAUGGAAGUCACUGUUGUUUCAUGACUUUGAGAUCGUUCUAUUAAAAACACAAAGUGAGAUUUACUCAAGGUAGAUUUUUAUUCUUCCUUUAAUAUCGAAAAAUGAUUUAUGAUGAAAAACUUCUCUGAAUAUAUUGUCCAAACACAGGUAGGAUUUCGUCGGACAUUAGCAAAUUUUUGUCCACCAAUGUCCGAUGACAGAAUGUUUUUUGUAGCCAUGGUAUUGUAUAUAUUUUUGAAUGAGAGGUAUGUAUUUUGCAAUGGUACAUUAUAUUUAUUAUUUCCCUCCUUUUUCAGUUGUGCUUUUUUCCUUUUAUUGCAGGACCCUAAUGUUAAGUUGAUCAGAGACCUGAGAGCUCAAAUAGAAACAUUAAAGAACAUGAUAAGUCCAGUAAGAACAACAAAUUAUAUGUUAUGUCUUAGGUAGAUUACUACACUGCAAUCUGAUAAGCUCGGACAGACAAUGUAAUGGCUAAAUACAUUGUAUUUCAUAUCUGAAAGUUGGCAGUAGACUAGCAUCAUAGCCAGGGGGGAAUAAGUGAAUAGAAAGAGAAACCCGGUGCACUUAAUUGUUUGUCCUAGCUGGCCAGUCAGACCAGUCCAGUCAUAAAAAUAACUCCACUGUUUAAGUCAGGUUUCAUGAAGUAGUAUCUGGUAAUGGGUUUUGAGCAAAAACUUUUAAAAAAACCUAUUUUGUUUUCAUAAAUUAUCAUUCUGGCCGGCCCAUUUUGACUGGUUUUAGCCUUAUCCAUGUGGGUGUUCCUAGUCUCCUUCAGAGCUGCCAAGGCAGAAGUCACACAAUGUUCCAGCCCUGUGACUCCGGCCCAAUAGGCUGCAAAAGAAGACUAGGGUCUUCCUGGCUCAAAGUGAAUGAGUAGUUUGGGCUUAUUAACUUAGUUUACAACCCAUGAAGAAAUGACAAGGUGUCUACGGCUAUUUCCAGAGGUUGGACUCCCGUGCCAUUCUUUCAAAUUUCUUUGACAAACAGUGCACUCAAAACCACCCACAAUACUUUUGGGGAUUGUCAUGUGCAAUUUUUCUGACAACCUUUCUGGAAAUAGCUCUAUAUACAAGUGUACAAAAUUAAUGUAGCUAAUACUCGCAAAAUCCAUUACAAACCCUUCUAUGUAUUAAGAAGCAAGAUUGCAGAAAUUUUAACCGUGCAAUUUGUCUCUAUAUAAUAUUACCAAAAAGUUGUAGUUCAAAACAAUGAUAAGUACAUUACAUGAAACAAGUUGUUGAUCAAUAAUUUAAAUGUAGUGACUCUUCACCUUUAUUGUUUUUUCCCCUCAGGAAAUGUUAGGUGAAGCUGAAAUGGCAGCUGCUAAGAAGCUCUCUGAAAAUGAGGCUCGUGUGACAGAGCUAACUGAUCGCUGGAAGGAUAGAUGGAAAGAGACACAGAAAAUUUUGGAGGUUUAGACAAUCGAUCACAAGUUGUAUUAUCUUAAUUUUAGUAAUUGACAAUAAAAGCAGUUAUUUAUACACAUUUGAACAUUACAACAUAGCUGAUGAGGUUCGUUGUGUUAAAAACUAAAAGUUUAUCUAAGAAUAAAAAAAUUUCUAAGCUUAAGAACUAAGUGGCUUUGAAGCAAAAACUACUAAGAACUACACUGAAAAUAAAACUGAUGAUUGGAAAUGAAAGCAAACUAGCGAUCCAAGUUCAUUUAAAAUUACAAAAUUCAGCGGACAGUUUCUUAUUAUAGUAUUGAAUUUUUGUAGGAAAGGGAGAUGAAAUUGCAACAGGAAGGAGCAGGAAUCAAGAUGGAUUCUGUACUUCCCCACUUGGUGUUAGUCAGUGAUGACCUGCUUAGCACUGGGAUUGUGGUUUAUCAUCUCAAGGUAACAGUAUAUACAGUUGUAUGUCAAAGAUCAAAUUUUUCUUUUGUAUCAUUGAAAAAAAAACAGUGCAAUCUUUGAUAUCCUUUUCCUCAGGCUCAUUAUCAUAAUCUGAGAUGCAGGAAAACAAAAUUAAACUGGUUUAAAAAUGUGAGCCACAGCUUUAAACAGGUUUUAAAAUACUCUUACUCUGUAUACAUUCAGAACUGUCACUAAGGACUGGAUGCAGGGGAUUCCGUCAGAUGCUAUGUGCAUAAUCCCUGGCUACUUUUGUAGGAAACUAUCAAGGAAAAUAUAUUAGGACAAAUAGAACUUCCUAGCUGUUCAAUUAUCUGCUUACUGUUUGUAGUUUGCAUAUGAUGUGAUUCAAUUUUAUCGUUGGUUUAAAUUUUUUUUGUUUUUGUUUUUAGGUAUGUUGAUGUAUGAUAAUGAGUUUGAAACAAAAGAAAAGAAAAUUUAAACCGAGGAUAAAAUUGAACCACAACACAUAUACCUGGCAAAUUGAAAUCUUAAUAAUGGCCCUUAUGUUCAUUUAAACACAGUUAAUUACCGUCACUUGUACUUGUGCAAGCAAGUUUUUUCCAGUAUUGCAAGAGUGUAAUAGAUCCGUUUCAGAUUUCAGAUUUAAUUACUAGACUUCAUUAAUUUUGUUCUUUUCACAUAUUGUUUAACAGUCUACAUGAAAAAACAAAAGAAAAAUAAAAUUUGUGAACUCUGCAUGACUGGCUUUUGAAUUAAUCUCUGCCAUGUAAAACAAUUUGCAUAGAUAUUUGCAAAUAUUUAUCCAAGGGAAAUUAAAAGGUGCAAAAUAAAUUUUUAUUCGUGUUUUUUUGUUACAAGAAUUUAGAGCCAUGUCUGUAAUAAAUUAUUAAAAAUAACAAUAUCCUUAAAAUUUUAACACUGCUUAAAAUAGUUUACGGUUUUUGUUUCCCUGUCAUUAGUUUCUAUUUCCUGAAUAUUUCCUUGUCAUUAUCAUAGUGCAACCUUAAUUCUAUUUGUAUUGGAUUAUGAAUGUUCAGUGAAAAAAAAAGACAUAAUUUUUAUGAGUUCUCAUAGUUGUCAGUUAGUAAACCUGGUCUUACACUUCCUAACUAUACAUUGUACCUUGAUGUUCAUGUAAAUUAUAAUAUGUAAAAAACAUACCUUCUAUAAGCUUCUUUGACCUUAAUUUUCAUAUGAUCCCAUUACAAAAUUAAUUUUGUUUGGACUCACUAUAUGAACAAUUAUUAUUGGCUUGAAAAGUAAAAGGCCUUUUUAUAUCACUUGAAAACAGAAGAGUUUGUUUUUUGUGUGUACAAGCAAAGCUUUUUUGUUUUGAAACAAAGGGAAGAAUGCUGUGAUUGUUUUGUACUUUUAAUUUAUGCAUACCUUUAUCCUCAUGUGCACAUUUUGUUAGUAAAUCCUUUUAAACAAAGCAAAGGCUUGCAAACCACUCUUGUAAUUAAAUACUAUAUAAUAAUAAUCAGCUGAACCUUCAAGAAUUAUGAAUCAAAGUAUUUUUGUGGUUGAUUUUUUGAAAGGAAAGUCCAGCUUUAUGGAUGUUUUUGGGAAGUUGUUACAGUAAAUUUACAUGUCAAGCUUGAAUGGAUCUAAAUGAAUUUGAAGAAUUUAUCAGUCAUUACGUCAACUUCUUAGAGGUUGGCAUGAUAGUGAUUGUUUGUUAAUUUCAGCAUCACGCAGUGAGACAUUAUUCCGCAUAAGAAAAACAAUCUGUGAUAUUAUUAGGAGUAAAGCUGAUUAUUUUGCUUCUUUUGCAGGAGGGAAUCACUACUGUUGGGCUUGCAGAGAACCCGCAAAAACAGGACAUAGGUACUGUAAAUGUUGUUUUGACCUUAAUGGGUUUCUUAAUAUAUAUUGCGCCCAGUUGUUUGAACAUACAGUCACAUUUGAAAAUCGGAAAUUUUGCAUGCACAGCCAGCUAAGUACUCAUGAUUUAACAGCAUAUGGACUGUAACUGUUGUUAUUUGUGAACAUUGUUAAGCAUGGAUUUGUUGCUUUGUGCAUUAGGUGACUUUGACACCACUUAGUGCACACAUUAUAUAUUGUUGAAUGUUGUUUCUUGUUUGAUUCCCUUGUUUUGUAAGAUCAGGAUGUAGCUAAAGGAAAGCUCUUACUCUGGUGAGACAAAUAUUAAAAACAACAGAAAUUUCAUUACAAAUGAAGUGAUGUAGGAUCAAGAUUUUCAAGGAAAAUUGCAGCCCUGAAAGCAAAAUGAAACUACAUCAACAUGUACUUCAUCUUUACUCUAUCCCUGCAAGAUACUAGUGAGAUACUUGUGUUUGGUUUAGAAUUUCACUGCCCACAGGUUUAAUCUGAUUUUUACUCUACGAAAUCCCCCUAUAAACCACACACUUGCACACAAAACAGUUAAUCACAUUUAAUGUUAUUUACAGACAAAGUUAAAAUUACUACAACCAUGAAUGCUCAAUGGAUAAUCAAUUUUAAUUGGCAUUAAGAUAUAUGUAUUAUACCUGUUUAUUUUUAACAGUUAUUACUGUAGCUGCUUGCAGCUAUUUUAAGAUUCUUUUGACUUCUCUAUUUUAAGGCAUUGGAGAUCGGAUACAAUAUACAAUUCUCAUUAAUAUGUUGCUUUUUUCGUACAAGGAACAAACAUUUGUACAUCUGACUUAAAGAGAAUACAAGUCUUGUAACUUGUUGUAAUAGUAAUUAUUUAAUAUACAGUUUUACUGACCAAAUAACUUGGUGAAAUAACAAUCACAUUUUUGUAAGAUAUAACUUGAUUUGUUGCCACCCUGUAGUGAUCAGUGGACCAGAUACAGAGCAGGAGCACUGCAUAUUUGAACACAAUAAAGGACAUGUUAUAUUAAACCCUCUGAAGUCUCAAUGUUCUGUGAAUGGAAACUCGAUUUUAAAACCAACCAGACUGUUUCAAGGUACACGUACUAUAGCCCUUCAAUAAUAGUGAUCUUUAGAUUAAACUAUAUUAAUAUAUUGGAAUGAGAUCUAGUCUGUAUACCCUUCUCUAGUUUUGAGUAAGUUUAUUCCUUAGAACCCUCUAUCUCUCUUGUGUAGCUCUCUAGGGGGGUUACGUAUGUCCCUAGUGUGAAUUUCAAAACCUGUCGCUUCAUGUAUUGAGGAGGGAGCCGGGUCGCUGUCGGUAUUUUACUAUUGUAUUUUCGGUUUUCUCUGUCGCUAUCGCAGUUUCAACCGAUCUUUGAGUUGUUUCUUGCCAUUUACACUGUCGUAUGUCGCUGUUUCAAGACCAUGUCACUUGUCGGAAUUUACCCCAACAGGGUCCCUCUUGUUGCCUACCAGCACAUAAAGAGACCAUAUAAGAGAAAGGUUGUUAUCAGGUAUAUCUACAUGUAUGAGUGUUUACAACAUUUGAUGACAGGCCACUGUAAACACCCAUACACAUGUAGAUCAGAUGUGAAUGUUUUAACAUAAAAUGAAUCAAUCAGUGGGGAUCUGUAUGAAGAUCAUUUAAUGUGAAUUAGAUGAGAGGGAGUUUGUAUCUGUUGUGGUUAAUUUUUUAUCUCAGGUAAUUUUUUUAUUUUUCUUUUGUUUCAACUUGAUCAACAUGCGUUACCAUAACCAAAAAACAAAAGAAAAACAAAAAUUACCUGAGAUAAAAAAUUAACUACAACAUAUACAAAGUUAAUUCUGCUGUUAAUCACUAUUAAUCUGUGCAGUUGAUUUUCAUUACUUUAAUGAAUAAUUAAUGAAUUUGACAAGAUGAUAUAUUGUCUAUCUAAAGCACAUGAACUGGGUUUAAUAACAUGUACUGUUACUCAGUCUCAUAAUUGAGUCAAUUCUGAAGCAGCCAACGUUUCAUUACCCAAAUUUGGACAGUGCUUCUGAUUGGUUGUGCCGGUAGGGAAAUUUGCUUCAACCAAUCAGAAACAUUACCCAGAUCGAGGUAGUGAACGUCAUCAGUAUGGAAUUUCUGUAGUCGUUCCUCAGACGUCAUUAAGGAGCUUAAGCAACUACGAUGACGGCAACUUCAAAAAACACUAGAUUUAAUGAUCAAAACAGCAGCUCUGCACGUGCAUCACGCUUUUUAGUGCAUUUCUUUAAUGUCCACUGCAUGACUACGACGUGAAACCUCCUAAUUUGACGUUUUAUGGAGGACGUGGACAUACGACGACGAAUUUUCCUUCCUCUUUUUAAACUUGAAUAAAAUCCUUAAGAAUUCAACUCCAGGAAAAGUCGCCUGCAUUUGACAUAUUGAGCGGGUCCAAAUAGACGCGAUUAAGUUUGAAAGAAUGCAAAUUCAUUUUUUUAGUGACGUUUUCACUGCCGUCGUCGUCGUCGUCGUCGUUGCUCAAGGUUUCUCUUUCGCGGGGGAAACCAGUGAUGGCGUCCCUAAAUGUCGGUUGUUUCCUCAGGGUACUGUAUAUGAGGUAUAUUGAAGGACGCGAUCCAGACGCAUACUUUCCUUGAGCCUAUUAAAUACGUCAAUCAAGAAUGGCUAUAAUUUUUAAACUGGAAUAUCUCAGUUAUUGUUCUUGCUCGGCUUGGCCAGUAAUUUUUGUCAUCAUUGUCAUCAUUUUUCAUUUUUUAAAACUGUAUUUUCAGGCGACGUAAUUGUCUUGGGAAAUUCAAAUGUUUUUCGCUUCAAUCACCCCAGAGAAGCAGCUGAGUUACGAGAGAAGAGAAAGGUACACAAGAACCUUAGUUUGUAAUUUAAACCGUGGACAAAUGCUACCCCUCGAGAGUAUCAAGAGCCUUUUUUUGAGCACCUCCUAAGAUGUGCUAUAGGCCUAUUUAGCUUAUGUUUUGUUUUCCCAAUGGAGGUCAUAUGAUAAUACGUUAGUGAACUGUUUCUUUCAGAUUUUGCCUUGUUCACGUGCAUAUGUAAGGAUAAUUUAUGAGAAGACAAAGGGAAAAAUUCCCCUGAGACCUUCACUGAGAAAACAAAACAUGUAAGCUAAAGAGGUCUAUUGGACUUUUCGAGAUGCUUGGGACUGGGUUGUUGAUCUUGCGUUGAAUUGAACUAUGGGACUGUUUUGAGGGUCUCAGAGGUGUGGUAGCUUUGAUGAUUGACGGUGAGAGAACGUGGAGAAGUUUAGAGAUUCCUCAGGAGCCAGAAGUCCGUGAAGAUCAGCUGAAGUGAGAUCUGAAAUACCUUGAAACUUUUUGAAGGUUAAUAUUAAUUUGUAUCUGUGGCAGUAAAAAAAUAACCUUUUUCGACGGCUGACGGUUACAUUUGAGGCCGUUUGACGACUGACGGUUAGCCCCAUUGAGAACUUCUAUUUUGGGGGACGAAUUCUGGUCCAGUUUGCCGUGCAACAUCGUAAUGACGCGACGUGGUCCCCAAAAUACUCCCAUCAUACAGUUCGGACCAUUAGAAAACUUAUGGGGGGGGGGGGGGAGGCGAAUACAAAAAAAAAAACAGAAAACGUAAAGAAGAAUAAAAAAAAAUUUAUUACACCCUUUAUACCUAAAAAAAAUUAUAACGCUGACAGCAGAAAUAUAACUAUCAUGCGAUCUAAUCUCUAAACAUAAUUCUAUGAUGUCAAUAAAUCUCACCCCCCCAAGUAAUUGUUGCAAUUAGGUGCGACAUGUAUAUCUCAGGAAGUUCAUAUGGGACGUGACAUUGGGGCUGUGGCGGACUAGAGAUUAUCGGCUGUGCGGAGGUGCGGGCGAAGGGAUUUGGGCGUGUGGGGGGGGAGAGGGGGAGAGGGCUGGUGAGGGGGGGGGGGGGGGGGGGGGGGGAGGGGGGGGGAAACGGGCGAAGUAAAAAAAAAAAAUCGCGCAAGGGAAAAUUAAAUGAAAAAAAAUUCUUGCACGCCAAUUAGCCCUAAAAAAUAUUCAUGCUAUGGUGUAAAAAAAAUUCAUACAAGGAAUUUGAUAACGAAAAAAAAUUCCAGCGGCUCGAAAAUUCCCCUCCCCCCCCCAUAACUUUUCUAAUGGUCCGUCCCUAAGGAAUAUGUAAAUAUUCUAUGAUAAUUGAGUCUAUUGCCAGAUGCUAGCAAUUUUAUCAAUUUUUCCAGUGUUCCCGCACGCUUUGAGUAAAGCUACUAAUGGCGUUAUUUACCUUUUGUAACAUUUUAAGCGGGCUUGAUGCCUUGUAGUCUUUGUUGCGGUAGUCUUACAUUUACUAAUUAUUUAUUAUCUUUGCUUUGCAUCAUACUUGCUGUCGUGUUUUGAUUGUUCACACCCGGCCUUUCUUUCCAGGAAGAGCGCGGGGUAAGUUUUCAUUAAAUCCCGACACAAUUAACUUCAAGUGAUUCUAUUAACUCGUUAACCUUACAGUUACUCCGCAAGGAAGUCCAGCAUUAAAGGGCAAUGAAACUGUCAAUUUUUCUUUUCUGUUUAGUAUGCACACUUGUGACGUGGCAAAUUAGACGUCCUUCUUAAACGUUCGCUUUCAGCAGUAUGCAACACUUGUCUUGAUUCUUUCAAGGUCUUCAGUCGUCUCGCUAGAUACAAAAGUCAUUUCGCUGCAAGUCGUUUUGAUAUAGCGUGUAUCAGAUAACUAUAAAACCAAUCUAAAAGUGAUUUAUUCUUGCCUUCGUGCUAAGAGUAAAUUGAGCUGGAAUAAUAUCGUAUGGAUGUAGUUUAAAAUGUAGUAAAUCGACUACACUGCAAUAGCUUGCAAUGUAGCGCAACAACCGUAAAAUUAUGGGUUUGAAACCUGUUGGAAACUCAUGGUUUUUCUUUGCAUUACACUUGAUGGUGAACAUUACAUCUUUGUUAUAGAGUAUUUUGUGUAAAUAAUACCAUUGGUCUUUCAUUUUGUUAUACUGAUUUUCUUCAAUUAGCUUAAAAUCCUCAAAAUCUCAAGGUUACACCAUAGGUUUGGUCGGGGCAUGGUCCAUUCAUUUUUUUUCUAGUGGCUGGAUUUAAUUGUUUUUGUAGAAGUGCUUUGUAUUUUAGGAGUCUGGUGCUGUUAACAUGUUCGGUAAUGUAGUUGAGGUAAAAUGUAGCCGAUUUUAAUACUUCGAUGGAUAAUUUGUUCUCUGACUGCCUACAGAAUUCAUUCGGCGGCGGUGGUGCUUCUCUUGCUUGGUCAACCAAGUUCCGGAGUGAAACAGACCUGGUUUUCAGAAAAGGAUCUGGGGCUGAGUGAGUAUUACUGAACAACUGUAGUGUUUUGGUUUAUGGACCGGAAUCUCAGAAAACUGUGAACACCUGAAAAUUUUCAGGAAUGUUGAUUUUGUACUGGCCAAUCACAAUAAAGUUCAGGAUACGCAAGCAAACCUCAAAACCACAAACUAAAUGCCGUUGUUGUUUGCGGUUUAGUUAUGUCGCGCCUUAUUGGCUUAUUUCUCGCAACACAAUAACAUUCUAUAAAUAUUUCUGGUGUUCACGGUUUUGUGAGUUUCACAGUAAGUGCUGUUGCUAGAAGCUAGGAACAAGCUGACUUGUUGUUCAGAAUCAGAAGAGUCCCAGUAGAGAGCCAUCCAUUUCUUUCAUAACGGAGGUGAUUCAAAAAGUGCAUAUCAGAAGUUAUCAAUGAAUACGACUGAAAGUUUUGUGUCUCAUUAGUUUAUCAAAUUUCUGGGUCUGUGUUCCUGGAAUAACAGGAUCAGCCCAUCAAAAGUACAAAGCUGUUAAUUGCAGUACAACUCCUGUUUUUUCUUCGUGGGCCAGUUGGUUGUUAGCGUGAAAAAGUUAGACUUGAUACUGGAAAUUCCCAGCCUAUCACUUUUUCACUACAAAUUCUCGACGAAAUUAUAAACUUUUCCAGAAGAAACCCUUGUAUUUAUAGACCAUUGCUCAGAAACUGGCCACACACACCAAUAUCUUAUGUAUGAGAGUUCCUAGGGAGCUUUCGUGCAAAUCUUAAUCUUUUAAUUCUUACAAAGCUUCCAACCUUUCUAUUCUGAGUAAAUGACGGUAACUUCUAUUUCUACUUUAUUGUCUAACAACUUUAGAAUCAAGUAAAUACUGACUAUUAACUAAGUAAGUAAACCGGUAGUCAUUCUGUGCCGAUUUUGUUGUUGCAGUUUUCUACGUUCUGGAUUGUGGGCAAAACUGUUAGUUAAACACCAAAAAUAAUUCCCUGACACUUCAAGUGUACCUACUAACACACUGCACUGCACCUUUGUAUUAUCAAAUCAUUAUACGUUUCUUGGAAGCUGCCCACCUACCCCUCCCCUUAGCCAACAUUUUGCCCUGAGUGAGAAGUAAGUGUUAAUGGUGGCUUAAGGGAGGGGUAGGUGGGCAGUUUCCCAGAAACGUGUAAUGCCGUAGUUUCUUGGUUUUGCGGGCGCGAAUAAUCACCAGAUGACGUAAUAAAAAGGAUUGAAAAGACACUGAUAAUAUCCAUACCUCGACUUAAAAUUGAACCAACAAUAGUUUUCGCAACACCAACAACCAUCCACCUUUUUCUUGACAUAAUUCAGAUUUUUUUAAAAAAUUGUGUGGUCUUAAGUUUUUUUGUACCUUGACUUAAUUGACCGUGAUUAACACUUACUGACCGUGAUUAACACUUACUGAGAGUUGGGAGUGAUUACUUAUUACCGAUUCAUUGUAGAGCAGAUUUCAAUUGCGAGUUGCAAUGUUGGUGCGAGAUUGUUUGCUUUGGUUUUGUAUCGGUAUGAGGUUUGAUUAACAUAAAAGUUUUGCGCCGUUUCCUCGACCAAUCAGAUGGUAGUUGUCCAAAUGGUGGAAACGGGGAAAUAAACGUGCGCGAGAGAGGGAGAAAGAAAGGGAGAACGCGUCUUUAACACGCACGCGGGAGGUUACUAAGCUUCUGAGUGCUUAGGAAACGUCACAAGUGCUUCCAUAGCUUUAGUGUACAGCUGCAGCGUUUGUCAUCCGUCGAAUUUUGAUUUUUUUUUGGACGCACGCUAUGGCGGGUACAAAGUCUUGCUUGGAAAAAAUUUCAUUUCAUUAAAUCAGUCGUUUUGCUUCUCAACGUGGAUUGUAUUAAAAACCUCUAAAUUGUUAUUCUGAGUGACGCUUGUAUCAGUUUCCUUUGAUAUCAGCGUAAACCUUGGGAAGCUUCGUCAUGAGACACGAAGUAUAGUUGCGUUUCAACUGACACGUUUUAGAGUGAUCUAGCAACAGAACGGGAACGUCAGUUGACGACGGAAAAGCGCACGGAAAGGACUGAACGCGACUUCCGGUGUACAAUUUGCCGCUUCGCUAGGCCAUUGGUCAACCUGGGCGGAUUUGGGCGCGGAGUCGCAAUUUAAGCGCGCGCUAGCUUCGCCAUUGUACUCCCACAUAGGAAAUAGCAAAUGGGGAAUUGACCAAUCAGAGCGUGCGUUUUCGUGGCCGUUAUGAUUCACCAUAGUAAUUUAUAUUUUUGCAGUCAUUCCGCACUUGCAACGGCAGAAGUGUUUUCAUGUCUACUGCGUUUGUAACAGUACAUGUAUUGCUAGUCAGAGUAAGGGACAGGGAUUUUUUAUUUAAUGUUCAAGGCGCACUCAAAAGGUGAAUUGUAGUGAAAAGAUUGUUUUGUAGAACCAUUAGAUAAGAACUUAUCAUUAGAUUCUUAUUACUAUACUUAUUCUUAUAAACGCUCUGUUCGCUUUUGCUCCACAGUGAAGAGUCGUUAAGCCGGCAACUUGAGGAGGCAAGGUAUGGUAUUCUGUUUGGUAGAUUAACUGUCGCUCCUAACUGUAACCAGUCACAAGUUUCCUUACAUCAAUACGUGUUAUAGAAGGGCCAUCAGUAGUGACAUAUUUUUGUUGGGGCUUAUUACUAGAAGGGUUCAUUUUCAGUCAUAAUGGUGGGACACCUUUACACCUCCCAUUUAACCCUUUCGGCCUUAGUCCAUGUAAUUACGAAAUAAUUUGUCACUUUGAUUGUUUACAAUUUUCAAAACGUUUCUGGAAAAUCCGGUUGGAAAGUAAAUAAAGCACGACUUUUUAGAUCGUUUUGGUGGAAAAUUUCCGGGAGUAACGAAACGUCUGAAAAGGUAGUCCUCUUUUUCCGAUUUCUUCAAAGCCAACUUUGAUCAGUACCAGUUUCAGCCUUUCGCGGCUGUUUUUCGGUAUAUGUAACUGAUUAGUGCACAUGGUAAACGCGAUUCCGGGACGAAAUGUACCAGUCUUGAAUUUUGCUUACCCGCUUAUCAUUUGACUAAACCAUGAACCGACCGGUUUGCCCUUGUAAAUGGUAAACAACUUCUAACUUUUAAAUCUGUAGAAGAAAUCCUAUGAUGUUGCCAUUCCAAUUAAAAAUCUUGAGAGGUGCUGUUACAUGGUACUAUUUAUUUAGGAUGUAGUUCUAACUUUUGAGUCUGUGGAUGGAAUCCUAUGAUGUUACCAUUCAAAUCAAACCUCUUUUGCAGAACGUUUGCACUGUACCAGCGUGCAAAGAAAGCCAUGUCCGAUAGCCCGGGGCUAGUGGAUUUUGCUAUCGGGCUAGUGAUGUUUGUUCUUAACUUGCCCGACGGGCAAGUGCUGUUUUUUGGGGAAAUUCAAAUUACAGAAGGAUUGUUAGCAAUCCUGCUAAUCAAAAAGGGUUUUGGGGCUAGUUGAAAUGACCUGUGGGCUAGUACAUACUAGCUACAGCUUGCCCGAAUGGCAGGCUUUAAAACUGACUUUCUUUGCACCCUGGUUACCUGUUAAGAUUUGACAGAAAGAAACUUGAAUGGAUUUUUUGUGAAUUUGUUUUCCUUUGGUCUGUAGUAUAGGUUUGAAAUGGUUAAGUCACCACGUAAAUCUGAUGCACAACCUGUGGAGAAUUCAGACCUCUUAUUCGAUGUUAGGUCAAUCUAGACUGCAAGACGGUACCGUAGCAAAUAGGGGUAUCAGGACGAGUACUAACUCGUUUUUGUUGUUUUUAAGAAAUGAAUUAGAGAAGCAGAAACAACUUGAGGCUUUGAGAAUCGAGGAGGCAAAGUAAGUCUUGCGAUCGUUAGUACUGUGUUUGACUGUGUCGAAUUAAUUUCUGUUUUCCGCUGUCGAUUUGGAUCUGUGCUCUUUCAGCUUUCAAGGAAACUGGUGCCACUUACUUCACUACUGUCGAUUUGUUAGCGCGCAGGCAUUCUUGUGGUUUCAGUGGAGCAUUUAACCUUUCAGUACCAAAAGUGUCCAGCAUCAAUUUUGCCCAAAAAAUUUCGGUACAUAAUCAAGAGAAAUAAAUAUGAGAUUUUUGAAAAUCAUUGCUGCUAGCAAAUUCUCUCAACCAAUUAUUCAGGGAAAUGUAUGGACGUUUGUUUGUGGAUAUUUUUCAGCUUUUGAAUAUACGUUUUGUUUGGCUUGGGUAAUUAAUUUUCAGUGGUUUGGGCUUGAUAAUGGUGAGUUCAAAUUCGCACCGUGAAGUCUGAGGAGGAUUCUGUCGGCCAGUGUUUAAGAGUGUUUUUUUAUGUGUGUUUGUUUCUCUUUCAGAGCGGAUUUUGCAUCACAGAUACAAGAAGAAUCCAAACGACUCAAUGAAACAAGGUAAGAAAUUGUGAUGUUGCGUUGCAGCCGAGGAUUUCUCAGAAUAAACGCAAAAGAAAAUGAAGUUCGUCGUGUAAAAGAUUGUUUACGUGUCUUAAUUUGAAUCUUUCAUGGUAGAUCAUCAUGUUCCUUAGAUCGGUUUUUUUUUAUUCCUUUGUUGUAUAAUCACUUAUUUUUAUCUAUCAUUACUCAUACAAGAAAUUUUCCCGCAAAGCCAAGAGGAAGAAUUUAAAAUGAAUUUUAGUAGGGAAGUUGAUAAACACAAUGAAUCAUUGUAAAUAUUUCUAGUUUCAAUACAUCAACGAAGGCCUUCAGCUGAAGACAAAGUUCUCUGUCCUAAUACUUCAGGAGUUUUACUGAUGUGAAAACAUCAUAAUUUAACUUUUUAAUAGAGCACUAAAACAGCUCCUUCAACGGAUUCAAUAUUACCAUGAAAAGGGGAGAAAAAAAAUCAACAGAAAUUUGAAAGCAUCAACUGAGUGUAAACAAAGUUUCAACAGAAUGAUUAUUAUUUUUGAUUUUAGUAUCACCUGUCGUGAAAUCAAGCUGGGUGAACUGUAGUCCACUUUUCCUCUGUAAUAUUGCUCGUUAUGUCUUAUCCGUUGUUAAAAUAGUAUAGAGUUUUUUUUUUACAGUAGAUAAAUGUCGAGAAAAAAGACUCAGUUAUCAUCAUCAUGUCACGAGCGUGCAGAAAAGAGUUUCUGAAAGAAUUCGAAUCUGUGACCUCAAAAUAUGAGGCUUGUUAUAUAACUUUUCUUCAAAUUUGAAUUAGGAACUACCGGAACUACCGCCAAAAAAUCUAUUUUCUUGCACAAUUGCAUUUGCCGAUGGUAACCCAGCUGAAAUUUUUCGUGGGAGCACAGGAUAAAAUUGGAAAAUGUGAAGAGGCUGUUAGUUGCCCCUUUAAUAAUAUUUGUGAAUGUUACCUGCAAUUUAAGCAAUUGAAAUUUUUAGUUUGGUCUUGAAUACCUUAACCAUUGGACUGUGCUAUUUGUAUUUUCAGAGCUGAACUUGAACGCCAGAGAAGGCUGCAUGCUAUGGAAGUACAGAGUGUCGAAGAAGCAAGGUUUGUUGAUGCCCAGUGUUUUUAUUGCAAGAAAGUAAAAUUUCAAACCCCAAUAUUUAUCUUUCAUACCUCGGUCUAAGAGUUUUUUUGAGUACGUUUUAUCCUUGGUGAUGUACGCAUUCAUCAUACUUUUCUAUGCACAAGGAUAAAGAGAAAAAAAAAUGAGCCAAAGAUAAAAUCGAACAAAAACCACAGCCACUAUGCUGCACCAAUAGGGGAUUGAAGAACUGAAAAUUUGGUCUUAAUAAAAUAUCUACCCCGUUUUCGGCUAAUAACGUUACUCGACUUUACUGGAGACCUUACGAAACUGGCAACGGGAAGAUCAAAAGCCUAGGCCAAACGUCGAACUUUUCAUGAGACGAACCAAACUUAGUGAGUUAAGUUCAUGAAACGUUCGACGUCUGGCUCAGUUAAGUUCGUCUGAAUGAGUUUGGAUCGUCCAACACGUUCUGUCCGUCUGCUUUUGACAAAUAGAACGUCUGUAGAUCAUCUCCGGGACACGUCUGUCUUCAGAUGCGGCGAACUAAACUAAUAAAUUAAAUGUUUAUUUAUGAUAAUGUAUAUUUAGCCUCGAUCGGGAAAAAAUGUAUUAAAAUAGCUGUUUGGUCUGAUUCAGUUGAUCGGUUCUACGCAUCCUAUACUAAGUUCCACGGAUCUGACCCAGAAGACGAUCUUAACUUAAUCUAGCCGGUCAGCCCAAAUUACAGUUUGGUUCGUCUCAUGAAAAGUUCAACGUUUGGCCUAGGGUUAAGAGUGAUGAAAUUUGAAACAGCGCGAAUUCACUUUUAAAGUGACGUUGUCGCUGCCUCUGCUGUUGUCGUCGUUGCUACUUAAUCGCCCUACUAACGGCUCGAUUGACGACUCUCGCGGGACUUUGCGACUCGAGGAGACGGCUGAAAUUCAGGCUAACUUUAUAACGAACAAUCUGGAGUCAAUUUAAUAACACUUGCACGGCAAGUGUAAUUUACAAGUCAAGCAAUUGUUUUAGAGUCUGAAAACACUAGCUACCCUUGUGAAAGUUUUAUUAAAUUGACCCCUGAUAUAACAAACGAUCUUCCUUGAAUACAUGAAAAAACAUGAUUUUUCCAGGUCUCCUGGUAUUCAAAUUUCUUUAUAGCGGCGUACAGCUGACAAUAUGUUUUUUUCUUUGAAAGGAAAAAAGUGGAAGAAUUAAACGACAAACACAAACAAGCCGAACUCGAAAGAACUGCAACUGAAGCUGAACUUACUAAAGAAAUUGAAACUCGCGAAAAAGAAUUAAAAUCCCAGAGAGAACAAGUUGAUAAACUUCGAGAUGAUAUCGAGAAAAUGAAUCGAAAAGCGGACCAAGAGUUGUCGAAUUUGAAGAAAGAAAUUCGAAAACAGAAAGAGGAAGAAUUAUUGCGUUUGAAUGAAAACAUGAAAAAGAUUAUGGAUUUGGAAGAAGAGCGAGAUAAAACGAAGUUGCAGGCUAUGAAAGAACGCAAGGAAUUGAAAGAGAAAUGGAAAACAGAAUCCGAAAAAGUGAAAGUUCAGCGAGAUGAACUGAAGGAAAAACAACGAGUGUAUGAAAAGAAUUUCAACGCUCUUGAAGAAUCUCGACGGGAGGCCAUGUUGGAAAUUGAAGAAUUUGAACUCGAGAAAUCUCUAGUUUUGGAAGGAAUUCGAGUUAAAGAACGUCAACUGGAGGAAUUGAAAGCCGAAAGAGAAGCGGCUUUAAAUAUCGCGAAUAAUGAUAUCAGUAAACGACGCGAAUUACUGGAACUCGAAUUUUUAGAAGAAAAGCAAGUUUUAAAGGAAGAAAGAGCUUAUCUUGAAGAUCGGAUACAUGGCUGCGAAGCUCUUAUGGACAUUGCCGCUGACAAUUUAGCAGAAAAGCAAAACACUCUUGAGAUUAGGACAAAAGAGGAACACGUAAAAGUUGAAGAAGCAAAGCAAAAGCUAAGAGAGAUGGAAGAACAGUUGGGCUUAAGAAUCGAAACAGCGGAGAAUGAGAUUGCCCGUAAGAAGUCAGAUUACCAGGAAAAGGCAAACAAGCAGAGGGAAGAAAUCCAGAAAUCAAAAGACUUUUUGCAGACGAGGGUAAAAGAAUUGAAUGAGCUUACGCAAAGACUUGGAAGUUGUGCGGGAGAGCAAAAACUACAGCUUGAAAAAGAAAUCGAGAAAAUGACAGAAAAAGUUAACUUAGAGAAAACUAGACUUGGGUCUCUAGAGGAGGAAGAACAGACAACAGCAGAGAAUUUUGAGAGAGAAAUGGAGGAAGAUAUGAAACUUUUAAAGGAGAGAAAACAUAAACAAAGAGAGGCAAUUGAAUUAGAAAGGUUAAAUCUUGACGGGCUUGAAGAUUUUAAGCGACAAAAACUGGAAACCGAGGAACAGGAGUUUAAAGACGCCCAAGAGCAAUAUAAUCGAGCUAAAAUGCUUUUAAUUGAAUCAAAGAGGAACUUGACAGAUCUUGAACAAAGACAGAACAGAUUUUCCACAAGGGUUGAGGACGGACUGCUACGGUUGUCGAAAGUUUUAGAAGGAGAGCUCGUGUCUCAAGGAAAACAGGAUGACAUGUAUCAGUUAAGAGAACAUAAACUUUCCUUAAAAGAAAUCGACGUGGAAGGCAAGAUAAAAUUAACGGCACAACAAGAAAAGCUUUCCGCGGAAACUGAAAAGCUGUUGACUUUGAGGAAAAAUCUAAAUUUCAUGCUCGAAGACACGGAAAAGGCGCAAGAGAAAGCCGAGGCAGACCUUUUUGAGUUACAAAAUCGGUUUGUUCGUGACAGAGAAGAGGAGAGGACGACUAGAGAAGCUAUGGAAGAGAGUCUGAGAGACAUUGAAGAAGAAGCAACUCUUUCACGAAGUCUAACCGAAAGGGAGAUCGGAUCACCGACGACUGUGAGCUUGUUAUUAGCUCACGAAAAACAAAGGUGAGUAUUAACUUUUACCGUAGAGGGGCUUGGGGGGGAGCUAGGUCAGCUAGUAGAGUAAAUCCCCGCAUGGACCACUACCCAGGGUCUCAGUGAUGAAAUUACUGAUAAAGAACGUACUGUUUUGUCACUGUGUGUAACCGAGCGGUUAACACCUCGAACUCCGGAUCUGUAAGUACGGGGUUCAAGCCUCGCCCGUCGCGUUGUUUCCUCGGAAAAGGAACUUUACUCCACUUUGUCUCUCUUCACUCAGGUGUAUAAAUGGGUACCGGCGACGUACUGCUGGGGGUAACCCUGCGAUGGACUAGCAUCCCGUCCAGGGGGUAGUAGCAAUACUCCCAGGCAUGUUUCAUGCUAAGGUAACCGGGAUAAGCUCCGGCCGUUUGGGCCUUUGGCUCGUGUGCACCUUUACAUUUACUUUAACCUAUUAUCUCUUGACAGGAUCAAAGCGGAAAUGGAAGUGAAGUUAAAAGAGCUUGAAGAACAUAAGAAUCGCGAGGUUGAAGAGAUGAGACUCGAAAAACAAGAUAUCUUGACCAAACUCGAUGUGGAGAAACGUGACCUGGAACGACAAAAAGAAGAACUGGAGGCGACAAUUCACAGAGAAAAGUUAGAGCUCGAUAAGGAACGAGAGGUUUUGGAAAGAGAAAAACUGGACGAAAUUGAAGGAAUUAUACGGGACAAGGAAAAUGAGAUUGAAGAAUUGAAGGAGAAAGCGCAGCAUGAAAUCGACGAAUUACGAGAUCGGCUGGAUGAAACUGAAAGGUCAGUAGAGUUUGUUGAAAUAUAUUACUUUUCUAAGUUUGCUACUUUACAUUACAAUCAUGCGUUCCAUUUAUUAACCCUCGGACGUACAAGGGAGAGGGGGGGCGGGUGUAUGCCACCUCCCUCCCCCCUCUUAAGGUUUUUCUGAGUUUUUUCCUGGAGUAUAAAACAGCACGUGACGUUUUCAGUAGCUGUUCUUUCAUCCCUUGCGCAAAUUUUGAGACAAAUUCAGUGUUGGUCAGUUGCUUUGGUCAGUUUCUAAUUCUUGGUAAAAUCCAGAUGGCCACCAUUGUUGGUGACGUCACAGGCCUCCAGCAACGCCACCACCCAUAAAAUAUACUUUAUCUUGUUAAAAAGAUCAAAGGCUUUCCACUAAAGGAAAAUCGUUUCGAAGUACUGCAACAUAUCAAAAACUCCGGGGAGGGGUUCCACCCACCCCCCGCCCCCUCCUCCUUGUACCACGGUGGGGUAUGAAUUUGCGUGUACGUCCGAAGGUUAAACAACGUUAGCAAUAUAUUCCUUGCAAUGUACUGCAUUAUCUCUGCUUGGGCCGUUUGUUCCAAAGACGGGUUAAACUACCCUAACUCUAAAAUUUUCAAUGUCUAUUGAAGUCGUCUGAACUGUGUCUAAGUCUUCUCUGUUGUUUUAAGUCAGAAAACAACAAGUCAGCCAAUUUGGUUUAGACAUACUUCUAUUAUCUUUUAACCUGAGGUUACCUGGUUACCUAGCUAGCAGGGUUAAAUUUAACUCGUGACAAGGUUUGAACACUAAAACACAACAAACCUGCGAUUAAAAUUUAUCCUCAGGUUAAGCCAAUUUAACCCGAGGUUAGGAUUUAACCCGCUUUGGAACAUCUGGGCCCUUGUCUUAUCGUGUCGUAUCGGGUCAAGUCAGUCAAGUUCAAACCUUCGGAAACCCAGGUGGAGAUCAUAUGAAGGCAAUGAAAAAGCGUCGUCGACUUAAAAUUUGUUCGGCUUGGCCUGGUUAGCAUGAGGUCAAUUGUUCUGGCGAGCCUUUAAUUUCGUUUUUUUUUGAAAUCGCGAAUGCUAGUCUGUUAGCCUUCCUUCUACAUGCUUCUCUAAAUUUUCGACACUGUUUGUUGCUCUUAGGGAAGUGGUGUUGCUUCAAGAAAAGUUGUCCGCUUACAAUACUUUUGUGGUAAGAAAAAUGUUUUCUGUCGUUAUUUCCUAGUAAAUUGUCUUACUCGUAGUGUUAAGCCAUGCAUAGUAGAAUGUCUACUGUGAUGUUAUUUGGACGAAGGCUUUUACUUUUACUGUUGUCUUGUUGUUGUUGUUGUUGUUUUUAUGUUGUACAUUAAAGGUGAUUUAUAUCUUUGAGUUGUGGAUUUACUCUAAUAUCCUGGCGAUUAACCGUUCAGAUAUUAGUCACUUAACAGACCCUUGUCGUGGAUGUGUCAGUUGUAGUAAUUUAGAAAGUCAAGUUUGCGACAUGCAACUUGCUUAUUUUUUUCGUCGUUUUGUUUUGUUCAGGUUCCAAAUGGUCACGAAGAAGACGAACUCGCUGAUGGAGAAGUCAUGAAUUACAUGUGUCGAGAUGAUGAGGUAAUGAAAGAGAACCUUUACUCUUACAAGUGUUUGAUCUUAAAACUUUCUUUCGAACAACAACAACAAAAUCAGAAUUUUUUUCCAAAGUGCGAAAAGAAUAUUUUAGAAAACCAAAUUAUACGAAAAUGCGCGCCGCCAUUUUGAAUUUUGUGACGUCAGUUAGUCGCUACGAACCAUUGUUCCAUGCCAAAGAACAUGUAGCCUUCCACAAUGUAACUCGAAAAAGUCAUAGUUGUUCAAAUGGAAACUCGCCAAAAGUUUAAAAGCAAAACAUUUCUGAUUAUUUUCCUUUUCGCAUUUAAAAAAAGAAUUGGAAAUUAGAAUUCACUUCUGAUAAGCUGACGUCAAUUUGUUAACACAAUGGGAAUCCGUGAUUACAAUAGCAAGGAAUGCUAGUCUAGGAAAUAAAACUAUACCAAGAAAGAGAAAUUCAUCACAGACACAGUAAAAACGAGGAUUUCAACUAACCUCAACGAACUUCGAGCCACAAAAAGCCAGCGGAGGUCGGUAUAUCAAAGCAAUGGGCCUGCAAGGCAUUGUGGUAAAAAUACGGUGCAUUGCGGUUAAAAAUCCAGAUGCAUCAUGGGUAGAAAUGGAAAAUGUUUGUCCCUUUACCGAUUGGGUCUGCUGCCCUGCUCGCUCGCUUCAGGCUCGCUGGCGCGGCAGCAAUCAGUAAAUUUUGACCUCUGUAUCUUUAUAUCUUACAGAGCGAGUUUUAUGGAAGCAAUUUAAGCCUGACCGAUUCAGUGACUCCGCCUGUUAUCACCCCUCCCCCCACACCUGUUAAUCGCUUUCUGGCUUCUGUGAGCUCCAGCAAACGGAACCAAAUCCACGUGUGUAUCCCGCGAUACAUCCUACGGGGCCUGGGCCGAGAUUCCUAUCACGUGUUUGAAGUGAAGGUAAAGCAUUUUUUUCGCACUGUUUUAGUUCUUUGUUGUUGUUGUUGUUGUUUUUCCCACCUAUACUGCGUCCGUGACGUAGCCAUUCCCAUGAUCGUCAGCUUACAGUGCUUAUAGUUAAUUGACUUAAUUGCAUGCGUAACAGGAGCCCGAUAUAAUUUACCCUUUUGUAACGAUAAUCUCUCCGUAGUGCUAUCAGACUUCGUUUUUUCCCUGUAAAUGAUUGAAAUGUUAAGUUCCUAAGAAAGUAAAUGUACGAAUAUCUGAUGACAAUGUUUUAUUGUUUUUCCGCGGUCGUAACUCUUCUAUCCAUUUAGCUUGUUUUGUUUUGUUCAGUUUUAUUUUUCGUAUCUCUGCUUUCGUUUACUGGCUAAAGAAAAGGUUGUGUGAACUUAUUAUCGUGAUUUACCUGUUUCAUGGCUGAGCACUAAUUUUUUUUGGAUUUCAGAGCACAGUCGGUGCUGAUACAUGGUCAGUUUACCGCAGAUAUCGGAAAUUUCGAGAGCUGCACAAGACGAUGCAGAAAAGUUAUUACGAGGUACUGAUACUGAUGUUUUUUAUCUCUUCCCAAGCGCACAGUCCAUUGUACUAUAUGCAAGUAUAAAUAAGGGGUGAGGGUACUCUCUUUAUGCUAUACAGACACCGUAAACUAUAUACCUUCAAACUUAUAAGCCCCCCCAAAAAAUACAGGUCCAUCUACCGGUAAACAAAAGAUACAUUCGGCUAUAAGCGCCCACGGAUAUAAGCCUCCCCUUCUCUAGCUUCUAUUGAAAUGAAUUCAAUUUUUUACGACGUGUUGAAGCUUGAAAAAGGGAGCAAAAUCAAAAAGUAUUUUGAUCAGCACUGCUAUGUAGCUUGUUUUAAAACGUUUUUUAGUCCGGAUAUAAGCCCUCCCACCCCCUCCCCCCAUUUAUAAGCCCUUCUUACAAAGUUGUACUAGUAAUAACCAAAGGUUACGGAGUGCGGGCGACAACCAUCGAAGGUCAAAACGUUUUGCUUUAUCACUGUGCUAGUGUGCUCUGCGUAACCUUCACGUGAGAGAAAGUCAGAACACGCGUGAUCAGAUUGAAGGUCCAAACGCGCGUGAUCAACUUGCGUUCAGUGCAUUCCAUUCAUUCUUAGUGGAAGUGCAAACAAAUACUGGCUACAUACAUGCGACGCAUGCGUAAUAACAACCUGGAGAUUAGGAUUGCGGGUUCCUCUUGUCGCACGCAAUAAGCCCAGGGCUGAUAAGUGGAAGUUCACGGUAUCUCCUCGUUUCUUUUAAUAAACGUCUUAGUGUGAAAAGUAAGACGUUAUUCACAAGCCCAGGAAACUUUUAACGACUGCCACUGCACGCAUUUGUGGCUCUAGUUUUACUUGUAUAUAAAACUUUGUAUUAUGCGAAUUUAUAGUUUGGCCUUUGUUAGGAGUGGUUAGUGUUUUCUCUCCUCCCCCCCACCCCCUCCCGCCCCAAAGGGAACUCCAUUCUCUCUGCUUUAGCUCACACUUUUUACUCCUUUACGAUUUAGAUUGGCGCUCUAGAUUUUCCUAACCGACGGUUUUUCGGCAACAGAGCUGAAGAAUUUGUAAGAGCUAGAAGGGCACAACUUGAGGUAAUGUGACGUAUACUCUGUGGACUUCUUUAGUUCGUUUGCCUCAAGUCUAGUGUAGUAUCGUGGUAGUUUGUCUGAUAUAGUGACAGAGCACUGACGGUUGGUUGCCUCUACAUAAAUGUGGAAGGCUCGUGUCGUUCGUCAUUCCAGUGCCGUGAGGCACGGCAAGCUCAAUCACGGUGUACUGUUAUAGCACCACUUGGCUUUAAACGUCUUGUUGCCAUGUCAAAUUCAAUGCAGCUCAUAAUAUAUCAUAAACUGUAGCCUGUGUAACUAGCGGAAUUUGUAGUUUUUGAUCAUUGAGAAGAAUGGAACGAUUCUAGCAAAGCAAGGCGGCUCCACGCUCAAACUAUGUUUUGUUCAAGUUUUCUGCUCUCGUGUAAGUCAGUCAACCUAAGGAUUUUCUGUGUUACUUUUCAGGCGUAUCUUCAAUCGUUCAUUGGACUGUGCUCCAAAAUCCCAGAUUGCCCGAUUUCAGCCAUGACUAACAGAACGCUGACCAAAAGGGAUCUGUGUGACUUUGCUCCGUUUUUCAAACAAGGCAUCUUCGAACAAACUAAAGCCUAUUCGGGAUAAUUCUUAAAUAGCCUGCACAAUUCUUUCUUUUGAUCUCUCUCCCUUGCUUCGAGUGGAAGAAGAGAAGAUGUGCAUCACUGGCUAUCGGUUUCGGUACGAUUCAAACUACGAAAAGCCUAAAGGCAUAGCAUAAAGUAAUAAUAUUUAAAAGUAAUUCGUAAUUACUGUGUCAGUUAACUGAAGGAAGCUGUUUAACACUUUUUUUGGGAACGCUUGGCCUUGUAAGGCCAUAAUAAAAUGGUAUAAAUAAUAAUUACAAAAUUAUAAAAUGGCAUAUUAUAACAAUCUUGGUAUAAGAAGUUUGGAAAAGUGUAAUGUAGAUUCACACAUUUUGUGGAAAGUUUGUAUAUUUUUCAUGCGUUAUUGGAAAAGUAACUGCGUUUUACAAUAGCGUGACAUAUAAAUGUCGGAUUUCAUGUCACACAAAAUUUGUCACCCAAUAUAUAGACGUCGAAAAUAUUCCCCAGUGGUUUUCUAAUUGGGUGACUUUCGGUUUUAUAUUUUAAACUAAGACUACAAUGAUAGUGUUAUAGAUUUUGCAAUUUCGAAUAUUCAGGCAAUGAACAGAUAACAUUAACAAGCGGAACAAAUGAUAUUUUGCCGUUGAUAAAUGAUAGUGCAAAUUCUAUUUAUUUAUGUAAGGAGUGGUACAGUAUAUAGCUGAAUAUUUUGCGUAUUUAUAAAUACUGGCUCGCUAGACAAUGAUUGUCACGAAUAAAUUAACUGGAAUUAAAACUAGUCUUUUUAAAAAUGAUUAAUAGUGGAAAAGAUGAUAAUCGCUGUGUAACUGAAAGAGUCUGGGGACAUCUUUACCCCGAGUUUUUUGAAUAGGCCAUUUCUGAGUUCUAAAACUCUCAUUUUCAAAACGAGGCUACAAUAGCUUCACAAUUAGCCUCGCUUUGAAACAGAGGCUCGAGGCAACUCGAAAAUGGGCCAUAAUA